AUGGUGAUCUCUAGUCUCGGGCGUCCGCACAGGAGGAAACUCCUUUUUUUUCCGUGUCAUCUUGUGUGCUGUGCGCUUCUCGUUUCCUUGUAUCGUCUUUCACCCCUACGAUCGGAAGCACGGAAUGAAAAAAAAAACUUGUUUUCUUCCUCAAAAGAAGGGGCCCCUUUGCCUCGAGUCGAAGUGGUGAAAAUCGGUAAAUCCGGCCUAACACAUGGCGACGUUCGGCGCGAUGUAUAUUUAGUGAGAGAUGAGCAGCUUCAAAUUAUUGAUAAAAGUCGCACGAUGAUUUUCGCUCCCUUUCGGCGGGGCAAGAAUCCUCUGAACCAGAGGGCGUUUGCGUUUGACGGGGAAACCUGCAUGGAGGACUCCGUAGAGUAUGAAGAUCUCUUUUUGAAAUAUAAAAAGAAGAAAAAUCUGCGGCGCCUCUGGACGAAACGAUACACACCCGAGGGGGCCAUUUACACAUUCAAACCCCCAGCGACAUCCGAGAAAAAUAAUGAUGCCGUACCUAGCCCGGAAGACCCCGAGGUCCGUUUCUGCGUGACAUUAACCAUUUCCAUGAUGAUGAUUGGAGGGGCAGAUGAAGUCCGCGGAGAAGGUCUUCGCUACUUCAACAACACUCUUUCUCUUGUUGUCUUUUGGUCUCCUUGGUGA